AUGGCCCAGGCGGAGCAUGAACUUGAGGCGGAAGGCCAGGGCCUGAAGCGGACCCUUAAGGAUUUGUUUGCAGGUGCUGCUGGAGGUGUUGCGCAGGUCUUGUUAGGCCAACCCUUUGACAUCGUAAAGGUCCGAUUACAGACCACCACAAACUACAAAAACGCCCUCGACGCCGCCACCAAAAUCUACCGCAAUGAAGGCGCAACCGCCUUCUACAAAGGCACCCUAACCCCUCUCCUCGGCAUCGGCGCCUGUGUCUCCAUCCAAUUCGGCGCCUUCCACUACGCUCGCCGGGCCUUCGAAGCCCGCAACUCCUCCCAGUCCCCUCUGGCCUCCCCGACGCUGUCUUACGGCCAGUACUACCUCUCCGGCGCCUUCGCCGGCAUCGCCAACUCCGUCAUCUCUGGUCCGAUCGAGCACGUCAGGAUUCGGUUGCAGACGCAGCCGCAUGGCGCGAAGAGGCUGUAUAAUGGCCCGAUCGACUGCAUCCGGAAACUGUCGGCCCAUGAGGGCGUGCUUAAGGGGUUGUAUCGCGGCGAGCUUGUCACGGUCCUUCGUGAGGCCCAGGCGUACGGCGUGUGGUUCCUCACGUUCGAGUAUCUGAUGAAUGCGGACGCAGCGCGCAAUGGUAUUAGGCGUGAUGAGGUGAGUACGCCGAAAGUGGCGUUUUAUGGGGGUUUGGCAGGCGAGGCGCUGUGGAUCGCUAGCUAUCCGUUCGAUGUGAUCAAGAGCAAGAUGCAGAGUGAUGGAUUUGGUAAGGAGAUGAAGUAUCGCAGCAUGAGCGAUUGCUUCCGGCAAACGUGGGCGAGGGAGGGGUUUAGGGGGUUUUGGAAGGGGUUGGCGCCGACGCUGUUGAGGGCUAUGCCGGUCAGCGCGGGCACUUUUGCUGUGUGA